GCAAGUACCAAACAUUUCCUGAGCUUGGCACUCAAAGCUGCUUUAUAAUAAGUCUGCUGUGAUGACGUAUGGACUGGGAGGAAGGAGGGGCUCUGCAUGCGGUCUGUGACAUUUAAGAAUCUGCUCUACUAAGUAAAGAACAUUUAUGAUACCAUGAAGUGGUAGUGCUGAGAACACUUAAAAAUCAACUUCUCCUGUACGAUCAUAAGGAGCCAUGUUUCAGAUGGAUGACAUACACACCACUGGUGCUGCAUUUGCUGGCACCUUGCAAGAGAUCCUUCAUGGUUCUGAAGAAUUCUGGUUGUGGCUGACUUAUCUGGGUGACCCCGGCACUAUAUUUCUCCUGUACUUUCCUCUGGCAUACGCCCUGCAGCAAAGACUAGGAGUGACUGUUCUGUGGUUAGGACUAAUCUCUGAGUGGCUGAAUCUGGUAUUCAAAUGGUUUCUCUUUGGAGAGCGUCCAUUCUGGUGGGUCCAUGAAUCUGGCCUACUUGACGGUCACAAGCUCAGGCAGUUCCCUUCCACCUGUGAAACUGGUCCUGGAAGCCCCUCAGGACACUGCAUGAUUACAGGAGCCGCUCUCUGGCCAUUGGUAAUGUUCUUCACCAACAAAUCACAGAGGGGAUUUCAGCAUUACGUUCCUCUCCUUUUGUACAUUUUGCUGAUGUCAGGAAUUGCCGUUUCCAGACUCCUCAUCCUGGCACAUUUUCCUCACCAGGUCCUGGCUGGCAUUAUUUCUGGUGUGCUGUUGGGAUACAUCUUGAAGCAUAACGUUCCCCAUGACCGCAGUUUUAUGUUUUACACGCUGGCUUCUCUGUUCCUGCUGCUCGGGGCUCUUCUUGUAUAUUGGGGAAUGAGUGCAUUUGGGGUGGACCUUUCUUGGUCCAUUCACCUGGCCACUAAAUGGUGUUCUAAAUCAGAAUGGAUCCAUCCAGAGACAAGACCAUUCUCCUCUGUCACUAGGAGUGCCGGGAAUGCCCUGGGAUUGGGAUUUGCCCUACGUUGUCCUCUCUACCAGAAGUUGAAUAGAAAAACUCCAAGCUGGCGUGAUAGAGGCAUUUCCCUGCUCCUGUCCGUCCUCUUCCUAAAACUCCAACAAUCUCUUCCACUUCCUUCCCCUCCUCUCCUUUACUACACGCUGAACUUCCUGCGCCAUGCUCUCUGCCCCCUGGUUGUCAUCAUUCUAUCUCCAUACUUAGUUAGUAGACUUGACUUCGAGAGAACACACAAGAGAGACUGAUGAGACCGUACGCAAAAAAGAACCUUUUACUGUUCCUAUUAUUAGUGGAUAGAAAACUUGAUGCUUAGAAAGGUUAGAGUUACAGUGCCUUGAAAAAGUAUUCAUACCCCUUCAAAUUUUCCACAUUUUGUCAUGUUACAACCAAA